CUUCCGCCAUCUUGGCCGAGACGCGGCCAAGAUGGCAGAAGUCGAACAGAAGAAGAAACCUACCUUUAGGAAAUUCACCUACAGAGGUGUCGAUCUGGAUCAGCUCCUCGAUAUGUCCUACGAGCAGCUGAUGCAGCUGUACAGUGCUCGCCAGCAUAGGCGUCUGAACCGCGGCCUGCAUCGUAAGCAGCAUUCCCUCCUGAAGCGCCUUCGCAAGGCCAAGAAGGAGGCCCCUCCCAUGGAGAAGCCAGAGGUAGUCAAAACUCACCUGCGCGACAUGAUCAUCCUCCCCGAGAUGGUGGGCAGCAUGGUCGGCGUAUACAACGGCAAAACCUUCAACCAGGUGGAAAUCAAGCCCGAGAUGAUUGGCCACUACCUGGGCGAGUUUUCCAUCACUUACAAGCCAGUGAAACAUGGCAGACCUGGUAUUGGUGCCACCCACUCAUCUAGGUUCAUUCCUCUGAAGUAAAUGAUGCUUUGGGAAAAUAGUUUCU